AUGGCGGAUUUAAGUCACACGGAAAGUCUUGAAAAAAUUUUAGAAAAACACAUACCGGAAAAUGAAUUGAAAGAAGUUAAAAGAAUUUUAUACGGAAGAGAAUUACCACCAUUGGAAAUACCGGCGGAAGCUCAGGGACUAUCGGAAAAACAUGAUUUUGAAAUUCAAGGUUAUAAAUUUCCCGCACCCGUUGAAGAAUUGAGAACACCGAGAGUAGUUAGAAUUGCCGGAAUACAAAGUAAAAUCGUUUUACCCACAACGGCCAAUUUAAAAGAACAAAGAGAUGCGAUACAUAAUAAAAUUGGUAAAAUAAUCGAAGCUGCUUAUCAUUGCGGUGUUAACGUCGUUUGCAUGCAAGAAUUAUGGAAUAUGCCCUUUGCCUUUUGCACUCGUGAAAAAUUUCCAUGGUGUCAAUUUGCGGAAUCUGCUGAAAAUGGACCGACUACGUUGUUCCUACAGGAACUCGCAAUCCGUUACAACAUGGUCAUAUUAUCCUCGAUAAUGGAAAGAGAUGAAAAUCAUGGUGACAUGUUGUGGAAUGCAACCGUCGUUAUUGAUAAUCACGGAAAAGUUUUGGGAAAACAUCGUAAGAAUCACAUACCGAGAGUUGGAGAUUUUAACGAAAGCAAUUAUUACAUGGAGGGUAAUUCGGGACAUCCGGUUUUCCAGACCGAAUUCGGAAAAAUCGGAAUAAAUAUUUGUUUCGGACGUCAUCAUCCACAAAAUUGGAUGAUGUUGGGUCUUAACGGUGCGGAAAUUGUUUACAAUCCGAGCGCGACCGUCGGUCACGUGAGCGAACACAUGUGGGGUAUAGAAGCGAGAAAUGCCGCCAUUGCUAAUAAUUAUUUCACCGUCGCCAUUAACAGAGUCGGAAUCGAACAUUUUCCGUUUGAAUUCACUUCCGGUGAUGGUAAACCGGCACACAAAGAUGUCGGUUACUUUUACGGUUCGACUUUUGUCACCGGACCCGAAGGAUCUCGCACGCCGGGUUUAUCGAGAACUAGAGACGGUUUGAUGAUUGCCGAAAUCGAUUUGAACGAGUGUCGACAAGUAAAAGAUUUGUUUUCGUUCAGAAUGACUCAAAGAUUGGAACUUUAUGCGGAUUCUUUCAAAAAAGCUUCUCACAUUGAUUACAAACCACAAAUCGUCGAAUGA